AUAAUUUUACUGUUAUAAUUUGGAUGCUUCUUGAUUCAGGGGGUAAUAGGUGUUGAAAUAAACUGGCUUAAAGUUCUAUAAACAAUAUAUUAGUAUUUUGCGUGCUAUUUUUCUGAAUAUUUUCUUCCAGUGCCUACCAAUUGCUCUAAAUUGUAUUAGUCAUGGAACCCGACAUAAAAUAGUGACACCGCCAAGCAUAUUGAAGCUGCCACCGAUGAUAUGCUUAAACACAGUUCUCAUUGACUCUGGUCUGUUUCUUUCAGAAAAGUCACCACCCAGAUAAUGGAUUAUAUAGACCAGAUUGCGUAGUGUGGAUAUCAUGGUAACAAUACAGGAAGUAUAAAUUUCUCACUUCUGCAAGUAGUCAUGACUACUGAAGAAGGAAUCUUUUAAAAUGACAGCAGAGCUCAUUUGGGUACCUCUCAUGGAAAUCCUAAUUUUGUUUUUAACUUUUGGUAACUUUUCGCUGAAGUCAUGAACAAGCAAAGAGCUUGCCUUGUUAGGCAAACACACACUAGUGAGAAUGUCUAGAAGAGGACCGAUUCUUCACAGCCGGACCCAGUGGCUGCUGGUGGGCCUUGCUUUGCUUUUCAGUCUAGUAUUAUUUAUGUACCUCCUGGAAUGUGCCCCCCAGACUGAUGGAAAUGCUUCUCUCCCUGGUGUGGUUAGAGAAAAUUAUGGUAAAGAAUAUUACCAAGCCCUCCUGCAGGAGCAAGAAGAACAUUACCAAACCAGGGCAACCAGUUUGAAACGGCAGAUUGCCCAGCUAAAGCAAGAACUACAAGAUAUGAGUGAGAAGAUGAGAGCCUUGCAAGAGAGGAAGAAGCUAGGGGCUAACGGCAUAGGCUAUCAGGGCAACAGAGAGCAGACACCCAGCGACCUCUUAGAGUUUCUUCAUUCCCAGAUCGACAGAGCUGAAGUCAGCAUAGGGGCCAAACUACCCAGUGAGUAUGGAGUCGUUCCCUUUGAAAGUUUUACUUUAAUGAAAGUAUUUCAGUUGGAAAUGGGUCUCACGCGCCAUCCUGAAGAAAAGCCAGUUAGAAAAGACAAACGAGAUGAAUUGGUAGAAGUUAUUGAAGCUGGCUUGGAGGUCAUUAAUAAUCCUGAUGAAGAUGAUGAACAGGAAGAUGAGGAGGGCCCCCUUGGAGAGAAACUGAUAUUUAAUGAAAAUGACUUCAUAGAAGGCUAUUACCGCACUGAGAGAGAUAAAGGCACGCACUAUGAGCUGUUUUUUAAGAAGGCAGACCUUAUGGAAUACAGGCAUGUGACCCUCUUCCGCCCUUUCGGACCUCUCAUGAAAGUGAAGAAUGAGCUGAUUGACAUUACGAGAUCAAUUAUUAAUAUCAUCGUGCCGCUUGCUGAGAGGACAGAAGCCUUUUCACAGUUUAUGCAGAACUUCAGAGAUGUUUGUAUUCAUCAAGACAAAAGAAUUCAUCUCACCGUUGUGUAUUUUGGAAAAGAAGGACUAUCUACAGUCAAGUCUAUUCUAGAAUCUGUCUCAAGUGAGUCUAAUUUUCACAAUUACACCUUGGUCUCAUUGAACGAAGAAUUUAAUCGUGGACGAGGACUAAAUGUGGGUGCCCGAGCUUGGGACAAGGGAGAGGUCUUGAUGUUUUUCUGUGAUGUUGAUAUAUAUUUCUCAGCUGAAUUCCUUAACAGCUGCCGGUUAAAUGCUGAGCCAGGUAAAAAAGUGUUUUACCCUGUGGUGUUCAGUCUUUACAACCCUGCCAUCGUCUAUGCCAACCAGGAAGUGCCACCUCCCGUGGAGCAGCAGCUGGUUCAUAAAAAGGACUCUGGUUUUUGGAGAGAUUUUGGCUUUGGGAUGACGUGUCAGUAUCAAUCAGAUUUUCUGAGUGUCGGUGGAUUCGACAUGGAAGUAAAAGGCUGGGGUGGAGAAGAUGUUCAUCUUUACCGAAAGUACUUACAUGGUGAUCUUAUUGUGAUUCGGACUCCAGUUCCUGGCCUUUUCCACCUCUGGCAUGAGAAACACUGUGCGGACGAGCUGACCCCUGAGCAAUACCGAAUGUGCAUCCAAUCCAAAGCCAUGAACGAGGCCUCUCACUCCCACCUGGGAAUGAUGGUCUUCAGGGAGGAAAUAGAGAUGCACCUCCGCAAACAGGCAUACAGAACCAACAGCGAGGCCGCUGGGUGACAGGCAGCGCAUGGGAGUCUGAGCUACAAGCCAGCACUGUUUAUUCAGCCUUAACUCCAACUCUAGACUCUGUGCCUCUUCCAGAGAAGGCUUUGCCGUGUCUUUCUGAACUAUUCUGUAGCUCAACUUGAUGUAAGAAGAAAAUGCAGGCGUCUUGCUGGAAAGCCUGCGCUGUGAAGGUACUGUGGUGUGCACCAGUUGACAAAGUGAAAUGGAUAUUUGUCCCCAAAUCGUUUGAAUUACACUCUGCCUGGUACCUGUAUUCCGAUUGGUCGUGGAUGUGCGCGAGGCUGAUGUUGGGUUGGCCAGCACCCUCCUCCAGGGUACAGAGUAUUGGCUGGUCCUGGUGUUCAGGUGGCUAUCACCUGCUGACCACUAAGCCAGUCACUCGACUUCAGUCUUUAAAUGAAGCUUUUAUUGAUCAUAUGUAGAAAAAUUUUCACAGAGAAUAAUUAACAUAUCUGAAACCUGCAGUCCUUCAUGAAGGCAUAAAUCUAAACCCCUUAGUUUUAUGUUGCUUUACCUCUGAAUAUAUUUUUAAGCAAAUGGAUAUAGUACAUUUAAUUUAGAAUUUAUGGUUUGAUUAUAAAUAAAAUAUAUUGUUAUGUUACCAAUGUUCAGAAUGCAUAGUCAAACUGUCAUAGAUUGUUUUGAGCAUUUUAUUAUAUUGGAAUGCAGGAAAGUAGCUGUGUUUGGAACAUCAUUUUAUAUAAGCCAGAUGUAUCAGAACCUUCCUGAAGAGACACAGAAGAUACGAACAUUAUAGCAUGGUUUUGUACGCUUUUGUUUGCACUGUCUUGUUUAGCAUGGCUACAUAUAUAUUUAUUUUCUAGUAUGUUAAUUUUUGCCACAAAUUUGUUAGCAUUUGUAUUAUACUUCCAGUUGAAAGAGUUUUAUUGAAAAAAAAAACCAAUUUAAUGUGUUAUAUAAUAAGAUCACCCUUGAUUUAAGAAAAGUAAUCUGAUAAAAAUAUGAAUUAUGGAGUACUUUAAAAAACAUGUACAGAUUAAUGCUAUUUUAAUUGAAAUGUAAAUUAUAUUAAUGAGACAAGAUGAAUAAGAAAUUAUGUUCUGGUAGAACUGUACUAUAAUAUUUAUCACACAUGGAUAUUUUAUCGUCCGGCCAUCACUCAAUCAGGAACUGGCGCUACGGUGAGGGCGGGCUUGCUUUUGUAGCCCUUGACUCUUACAGGGCUAUUUGUAUAUAGCCCGUGCGAACUCGGAAAGUCACUGUUUGGUUCAGUAAAUCAGCCAUCUCAGACAUGACAAAUGCCAAAUCUCUAGGUGCUAAGGUGAGUCCACUCCAAUGGUAGCUAACUGCUGAGGGCUCCGGGAGUGCGAGGUGUUUUAAGAUGUAUAAAGUGCUCUCUGCAGAAUAAGCAGAGCCAAUGUCUCCUUUGUACACACUUAUUUAUUGUAAAGAGCAGUGACCAUGGUAUUUAAAGUUAGGGUACUUAGUGAUUUACAAAGGUGGUUUCAGCUUGGUUUUGAGAUAAUCAAAUGAUUUUUACUUUAACUCCUAUUUUUUUAAAACUAGCUUUUAUUUGAAGAUGGGAGCUAAGAUUUGAAAGCAUUACUAUAUUUUUUACAUUAAGUGGUACCAAUAAAGUAUUUUGUUACCAAAAGCCAAAUGA